UUUUUUUUUUAAUUCAAAAUUAAUCAACCUUGAAUUUAAAUCGUAAAAUUAGAGUCCAUCAAAUAUUUGACACGUGUAAGUGUAACUCCUUUGAUUCUCUUGCGGUCAAAACCGUAUAAUAAUUCUUGCGGUCAAAACCGUAAUUUCCGUAAAUACAGUACCGUACAAGAAAAAUCAAAAUGAUUCUUGCGAUGCUCUUCGCCAAUUCCGUAGGGAACGUCUUGAUCGAAAGGAUUUUAGGGAUAUUUCGAUUCUAUCGAUUUUCGAUUUGGAUCUUGACGCUUUACUGUCGAUCUGAUUAUGAAGCAUUUGAUUUGGAUUCGUCUGUGGAGGUCAGUUUAUAUUCAGUGCUAGGUGAUGUUAGCAUCUUCCUUGUAGGCAAAGACGAGUAUGAUGAAGUUGCUUGUAAGUUUGUCGUUGGAACUGUGGAGAACACGGACAAAGACAGGAUCGAUCCAGUUUUGAUCGUGGUCGUUGCAAUAGUAGGACUUCUUCUUCCGAGGCUAGGCAACGGUGAAUCGGUGAUGAAAUAUGGAGCGAUCGGGGAUGGAAUCGCAGAUGAUACAUCUGCAUUCCAAAAGGCGUGGGACAAUGCUUGUAAAGGAAGGUCCAAAAAGGGAAGUAUACACGUACCAGCAGGGAAGGUGUUCCUCCUCAACUCUCUCCACUUGACGGGUCCUUGCCUUCUCAGACGACCUCUCCUUUUCACUAUCGAUGGAGAAAUUAUAGCGGAGAGUGAUCCAAAGAAGUGGCAAGAAGGUGAGAACGGGGUAAUACCAUGGUUCAUGUUCGAUCAAGUGGAUGGACUUGUAAUCUCAGGACGUGGCUGGUUGGACGGCCAAGGCAAACGAUGGUGGGACAUUCACUGUAGAGACCAUCCUGGACCUAAUUGCAUCUGGCUUGCACCAACGAUGAUGACAUUUAGCAAUUGCGGGAACGUAACAUUGAAGAGUUUGAGAUUCAGAAAUAGUGCACAAACACAUGUUCUCGUGAUGGGAAGCCAAAAUGUGUACAUCAGAGACAUCAAAAUAACAUCACCGGUGGCUAGCCCUAACACCGACGGUGUCCACAUCACGUCUUCCUCCGCCGUUUCUAUUACUCAUUCCCACAUCGCCACUGGUGAUGAUUGUGUGUCGAUCGGAGAUCAAGUGAAUAGUGUGAAUGUUUCAUAUGUGAAAUGCGGGCCUGGACAUGGUGUGAGCAUUGGGAGUUUAGGUAGAGGAGGAACGGAGGUAGCUGUGGAAAACAUACGUGUGUCGCACGUUCACUUCACGGGAACAACUAACGGAGCUCGAAUCAAGACAUGGCCAGGGGCAACUGGUUACGUCCGAGGAAUCGAAUUCUCCGACAUUCGUUUCUCCUCCGUCGAAAACCCCAUCAUCAUUGAUCAGUUCUACGGCUGCUCCCCUAAUUGCACCCACACUAAAAAGGGAGUUCACAUAGAGAAAGUGAGAUACAUGAAUAUGCGUGGAACAUCGGCGACAGAGGUGGCGAUGAAGCUUGAGUGUUCAGGGAAGAGUGUUCCAUGUAGCAAAGUUUUCAUGGGGAACAUCGACUUGUCUCCGGACAGUGGCAUUGAUUCCCUCUCUUCUCUCUGCACCUUUGUUCAAGGCUCUUCCCGAGGCAUCGUCCGACCCUCCUCCUGUCUUUAAUCUCUCUUCUUAUUCCCUCUUUUUUUUGUAAGUUUCGGUGUGAAUGUGAAAUAUAAUGAAACCAAAGGGGGUCAUUCUGGAAAUAAACAAGAAUUUAAGCUUAAAAGGCCGAAGCCUC